ACCAAAUUGAGUUGCAAAAAUGGCAGAUGGGCCACAACUUCCAUCUGUAAUCCAGAAGAUAAGAGUGCAACCUUACCUCUCCAUCACGCACUUUCCUAACCAUCAAGCCUGGACUUCAAGCUUGCAAAACAUUCCCAGUGCUGGUGGAUAUGCGAUCGUCAGAUUGCACAAAACAUUGCUCACAGCAAAUGCUGGCUCUGCCUCCUAUCUUGCUUCACCUCUGCUUCCAGUAUUUGUAAGAGCUCCGCUGGAAAAGCAGAAGUCUGACUCUCGAACUGGGUUAAACUUGAUUUUGACCAUUAGAAAUUUGUAGAUGUUUUUGUUGUUUAUUUCUUCUUUGUCUCAUCUAAUCUUGUUUAUUAAAUCCACAAUAUUUAUAUGUACAACAGGUAAUAAGCUUUGGCUUUAACAACUAUUUUCUGACUUUAACCAAUUUCAAGAAAGACAAAGAUGGCUACUGGAAAUGGUUACUCGGAGGCUUGGGAGGAGGAAUUUUUGCUAAUUUAGCAACUCAUUUUGUUGUUUAUCCCCUAGAUUAUGCCCAGACUCGCCUAGCCAAUGAUAUCAAGACAAACAAUAAGAUUGAAGAAAGGCAAUUCAAAGGUUUGAUUGAUGUCUACAAAAAAACUAUAAGAUCAGAUGGCAUUGCUGGACUGUACCGUGGAUUUGCUAUCUCAUGUUGUAAAAGCUUAUUAAGUACUGGGCUCUACUUUGGCAUACAUGUUAUCUUCGGGCCGUUUAUGUUACACUGGGUCCGGUCACAGGAUGACUUCUUGGCUGCACCAGUAAUGGCAGUGGGAGUUGCAGUUUGUCAAAAGAUGGCAACUUACCCAUUGGACACUGUAAAUAGGAGGAUGAUGAUGACCUCUGGAGAAGUUGUUAAGUAUCAGAGUUCAAUGCAUGCAUUUGCAGAGAUUAUCAGGAAUGAGGGUGUUAAGUCCCUUUAUAAGGGUGGAGGUGCAUGCAUCCUCGAAAAAAUAACUUUAUCCGUUAUUUUGACUGUUUUUGUCACAAGAUUGCACGAUUAUUUGUCCACAAAGAAGUCUAAUUCUGCAAAGAGGAAUGGGCCGGCUGGUGGUGGUCAAUCUGCAUCAACUCUCGCCAUUAAAUGGACAUAUGGUAAGAAGGACUAGGGGCAACGGUGGUGGAGGCCCACGCAGAAAUUUCUCUUCUGAGGGGAACAAUGAUUUAGAUUUUCUUUACAAUUAGAGUUCAGUUGACAGUCUGAGAAAGUUCUUCUGUAAUAUAAUAUUAUAGGGAGUAAAACAAUAGUACUUAGGUUUAUGAGUCUGGGCUUAACCUCUUCCCCGUAGUAAACAAAUGAGUUUGUAUUGUGCUGACUUCUAAAAAUUGGAUACUCAAAUUACCACC